CUCACUUGUCUACUACCGAGCAGUCGGACUGCAGCAGAAAGGGGAACGACACUUCAUGCGAGCAUUUCAACUAUGCAAGUUGGGUGAGUUGCAGCGAGCCACGCCGGACAUGUGAAGCCUGCUAUGGAGGAGCCGUUCGGUCAAAAUGAGCAUGAGCACUGACAAUGUCACUCAUUUAUGGGGAAACGAGAGCACGGGGGGCAACCGCACAGAACGCGCCGAAGUGGACCUUCGCCGGGCCGUCCCGCUCGGCUUGGCGCUGGGUGCUUUCAUCAUGUUCGCCAUCGCGGGCAACAUCCUCGUCAUCCUCUCGGUGGUGUGCAACAGGCACCUGCGCACCCCGACCAACUACUUCAUCAUCAACUUGGCCAUCGCCGACCUGCUGCUGGGCACCACGGUGUUGCCGGUGUCGGCCACCCAGGAGAUCCUCAACUACUGGGUGUUCGGCAGAAUCUUUUGUGACAUCUGGGCGGCGGUGGACGUGCUGUGUUGCACCGCGUCCAUCAUGAGCCUGUGCGUCAUCUCCAUCGACCGCUACAUCGGCGUGAGUCACCCGCUGCAGUACCCGGGCAUCGUGACGGAAAAGCGGGCACUGCUUGCCAUGCUCGGGGUGUGGGUGCUCUCUGUGGUCAUCUCCAUCGGACCCCUGCUCGGAUGGAAACAGCCGCCGUCGCCGGACGACACCGUGUGCUCCAUCACCGAGGAGCCCUUUUACGCGCUCUUCUCCUCCCUCGGCUCUUUCUACAUCCCUCUGGUCGUCAUUCUGGCCAUGUACUGUCGGGUGUAUAUCGUGGCCAAACGGACCACCAAGAACCUGGAGGCCGGGGUCAUGCGCGAGAGGAUGAACUCCGGCGAGCUGACCCUGAGGAUACACAAGGGCUCUCAGGGGCACGACGAGCCGGCAGCUUGCGGCAGCAAGGGCCGCGGACAUCAGGCCAGAAGCUCCCUCACCGUCAAACUGCUCAAAUUCUCUAGGGAGAAGAAAGCGGCGAAGACUUUGGGAGUUGUGGUGGGCAUGUUUACACUUUGUUGGCUGCCCUUCUUCCUCGCCCUGCCCAUUGGCUCUUUCAAUGUGAACCUGCGCCCACCUGACCUACUCUUUAAGGUCAUCUUCUGGCUGGGCUACUUCAACAGCUGCCUGAAUCCCAUCAUCUACCCUUGCUAUAACCGCGAGUUUAAACUGGCCUUCAUUCGCAUCCUUCGGUGCCAGUGUCAGCAACGCAAACGCCCUACGUGGAGUUCAUAUAAUUACCGUUCCUCAACGUUCAGCUCCUCUGGACAUUCACGCAAAGGAUCCAAUGACCAUACCCCUGGCUGCUUGAACGGCAGCCAGCAUACUCUGCAAUCUUCGGCCAGCCCGAGCCCCAGCUACUUCAGCAAGGGUCUACCAUCGUGCCCGGAGGGCGAGGCAUUGUACACCUGGACUACAAGUCCUUCACCCUCUCUCAACAUCCUGCCUGGCUGCCAAACAGACUGCCAGCAGGGUUGUCUCAUCACAGGUGUGAAGGGAGGAGAAGUUAAGGAAGUGAUGACUUCUGGAGUUUUUUCUUUCUCCUUUGGAAAGGAAAAAGACAAGGGAGCGGUUGGAAAAGACUGUACAGACCCAUCUAACAAUGUGUGACUGCAUCCACUGUAGAAAGUGACUAUUUAUCCAUUUCUGAAAAAUAAUGGCUCUGUGGUCAACACAUCUAGCUGCUGGGAUUUCUCUAUAUUUGGAGACACUGAUACAAUUAUGGAAGAGGGACAAAAAGCGGAGACUUGGGAAAUUACAAAAAGUAUUUGCGCUACAAAAUCUCUGUAACGCCUGAAUGUGACCAGAUUGAUGUACAGUAAAAUGUUGAAAACUGUAUUGAUUUCAGUCUUUUGCUUUGUUAAUGUAGUUUUGUGAAAUUAAAGUAUAAUAUGGUUUGUGCAA